CUAUAUUGUUUCUUCAGACCUUAUUUAAUCCAAAUAAGACUGUGGUGAAGAUGUUUGUUGUGAUAUAUGACUUACGAGAUAUGCCAGCCAAUCACCAGACAUUCCUACGACAGAGAACUUUUUCUGUACCUGUUAAACAAGAAAUGAAGAGAAGUGUUAAUAAAGAGAACAUCCGACAUACAGAAGAACGGUUAUUACGCUACCUCAUACAUCUGAGGUUCCAGAGUUCCAAAUCUGGAAAGAUCUACCUCCACAGAGAUGUACGACUCCUGUUCUCUAGAAAGUCCAUGGAGGUCGAUAGCGGUGCUGCAUAUGAACUCAAAUCUUACACUGAAUCACCAACAAACCCUCAGUUUUCACCAAGAUGUUGACAUUUAGGAGUGACAAUUUAAAGUGUUUGCUCAGUCCUCAAGUUUGCAAGUAAAACUUAGCAUAGAAGAGAAUGUACCAAAUUAACAAUCAGGAGAGUGGAUCUACUCCUGUUAUGCUGGACCAGUUUUUAUUAAAGGAUUCCUGAAAUGAGAUCCACAUAUUCCAAGUAGACUGGAAAUACUCAUGUCCUAAUCCUUUUUAUACUGUUGAAACCACUUCAUUGGACAUGUUGCAAUAGCAAAACCCCCAGUUAGAUUAGUGUUUACAUGUUUUAUUUCUCAGUUAUUUAAUAUUUAAUGUUUUCCUUAAUACUCAAGUGAUGUUUGUCUGUAGUGUUCUAAUGUAGCACAGAUCCUAUGUAAAAUCAUACUAUGUAUUUUUGACAUUAAUGUUGAAAUCUGAAAUAUAUGCACAAGUCUUUAAUUUUGUGUGAUGUGUUUUAAGUGCUGUUCAUUUAAGUUAUUGAAAAUGAGUAUGAAAUGUUGAGCUUCUUUAAAAUUAAUGCACUAUGCAAGCAUGUAUAUUUUUUAAUAUCUCUCAAGAUUAGUUUUUACAGUACCCCAUCCAGGUUGCUAUCUCACAUAGUAGUCCUUUAAUAUGUUGUAUUAGCAGUGCAAUGUGGACUAAACUGCUUCACAUUCCGCUUGCAAGUUCAGAUCAUCAUGCCCAUUUGUAUUCCUUCUAGGAUUCCCUAUCCCCAAAACAGUUCUAUUUUUCCUUAAUCACGACUAUAGAGGCUUUACAUUAAAUUGCUGUCUUAUGCUAGUUAACUUUCUCAAAUUGUUAAAAGAGUAUGUACUUUGAAAACAAAUUAGUAUUUAUAUUGUAAAUACAUGCAAAAAA